AUCUUCACCCGCAACAAAAUGAUCGGCUGGGUCGCCCUCGUGCUCUCGCUGCAAGGCUAUCUCGCCGAGGCAUCCGGCUCAGGCUCAUCUGGUAGUUCUGCGACAUCGGGCAUCUUUGGUGUGGGCAUGAGUGUGAUGGCGCUGGGCGUGUGUUAUAUGCAGUUGUUCAUGCCGCAGCCUGCUGGGUUUGGACAGCAAGGGACGGGGACGGGGGCGCCGGGGGCUGUUCCUGCUUAGGUUUAGGUUUAGGGAGGCGGGAAGGGUGGGAAUGGAGUGGUUGGUGUAUGAUAGAGAUAUAAUGCGUUGUUUGGGUGGUGGUGGGAUGUAGUGAUCAUGUAUACAUAGCAAAAGCGUGAUAAUACCAAGCACGUGAGUUGGACGCCAAUCCUACAUGUACAGACGGACAAACACUCGAUAGAUUCAGGCAGGGCAUCAAGCAAAAAAAUACUUUCUU